GAUCGUCGACAAAGGAAUUCAUUUGUUUUGACAACGAUAUUUGCGGUAUCGAAAAAGUCAUGGAGGAGCAACCCACGUAAAGAAAAAAUACCCAGCGUUGUUCUCGAUUUCAAGAAAUUUGGUGCUUGUGAAAACGGAUUCUAUUAUAUAGAAUAGUAAUUCUAACUUGCAAAUGUAAAAUAUGUAUAUUACGAUAAAAAGGUCAAACCGAUUCGGCUAGGCCCAGCUUUGGAUCGACAGGAUGGUUGUUCAGGAUUUUGAUUUAUUAUUUGAUAUAAUUGAUACAGACUUUAAGGGCCACCUUACUAUCGAAGAAGUCCAAUUGUUUGACGAAAGCACUUUCUUUGAGGCACUCGAUUUAGUGCAAAUAUCAGCAGCUUUCAAAACAGUUUGUGGAAAUGAAAAUGGGAAGUGCACAAGGGGUGAAUUUGCAGCAUUGCUGCAAGAAUUGGAGCGUCGUCGUUCGCUCGAAGCAAAGGUUUUAUGGGAUUUCAAAGCCCUGGACUUAGACAAAGAUGGCAGAAUUUCACUACAAUCUGCACUAUUUUUGUGCAAAACAGUUCACGACAAAAGGUUCUCACUCAAACUCUGGAACAGCUUUCUAAGCUCACGGUACAGGCCAGAAGAUGACGUAGCAUUUGAUGAGAUCAGAAUGUUUCUUUGUAACAUUCCAGAAUUUGAGCCAUCUGAGGAGAGAGAGUAUACUCAUUAUAGCAUUCAAGUUCGAGAAAAUCAGAAAGAAAGGGAUUAUAACCUUCACCAAAGCUUAGUUGCCUGGCAGGAGGAUGAAGCUGCUGUUGUGCAAAAGGAAAAGGAUAAGAAAGCACGAGUGGAAAAAUUGAAGAAUAAAGCAGAUCACUUGAUUGAUAGGCUUGACGAAAUUGGUUUUCAGGCACUUCUUGAGGAAGACGAUGACUUCCAAGGUAAUGCUUGGGAACGGCCAAUAGAAAGAGUAAAUGCCACUGACCUGCUAGAUGCAAUGAAAAACAAAUACGAUUCAAUAAGAGAGCAUCUGCUUUUGAAAAUGCUGAAAAUUCAGGUUGGAGAGGGCAUGUGGGCAGCGUUGUCCAGCAAGGAGCAGAAUGAAAGACUAUCACAUCUGAAGGUCGAAGAAGAAAGACUGAGAAAGGAAGGGAAACUGGAACUAACUAAAAGAUUUCCAGGUGCAAAACAUGAAACUGGUUUUAGUCUUUUGUAUGUCAUGGAUGAAAGUCAUGCAGAGAUGGAACUGAGGGAGCAGAAAAUGUCAGAGAAGAUUAAAGAGAGUGGACUGAGCUAUGAAGAAAUUGAGCAGGAGUUUUUGAAAAAACUUGAGUUCACCGAAAAAACCAAGUUGACAACUGAUCAGCAUUUGAUUACGUUGAAUGAGCGAUUGAUUUCAGAACGAGAACACCUUGCAAAUAGAUUACAAGGAAUUGGAGGUCUAAAGACGAUGACUCCUGCAGAGAGAGAGAACCUUCUAGCGUUGCUGUUAAUGAUGCACAUACGUGGAUUAAAUGAAAUGAGUUUUGAGAGCGCUGCAUUGAGCGUAGGGCUAGCAGAGCGAUUGCAUCAUCAUACACACGAAAUCAUUGAAAAAGACAAGAAGCGGAACGAGCGCCUGGCUAAAAAUCGCCUAAUGCUCCGUAAGGGUCACAGGGUAAGAGCAGAGAGCAAGUUGUUUGUUCCGGUUGUGUCACGUGUGAAGAAGAUCACCGGAAAAGUUGAUGUUGAGCUUGAGUUCAUUCAAAACAUGGAGAAGCGUUUAAUGAUCGAGCGGGAGGUGCUCAUCGGCAUUUUGCAGAGUCGAGAUACAAAGCACCGUGUAAAUGCAAAGAAACUUGGCACAGAUGGCAGAACCAACCAGUCUCUUGUUCUGAAGACACAAUGGCAAGGCUGGCGAGAACGAAACAGCGAGGACAAAUUAGGCUCAUUGGAACAGCACCGUGCUCUUUUGCAUGAGGCAACUGCUAUUGUUUUUGAAAGCAAAAAGGAAGAGGCAAGGCUGAUGUCAAUGAACUUUGAUGAUUUGAGCAUCGCGACAAGUCUGUUGGCAGAAUUGCAAAAGUAUCAAGAUAGUGAAUGCAGAAACCUUGUUAACUUCUUAGAUAAGGACAAAUCAGAUAUUAUACGAAUGUCUGGUAGAGAAGUAAGAGCACAAGAAGAAGAGUGGUUUGACAACAUUGCAGCUGUGAUUUUCGGAAUAAGGGAAGUGUCAAAUGAAGAGGAAGAAGUUAUAAAAGCGUUGAAUGAUAAAUAUGAUGCACUACGCGAUCAGUUGCUUUUAGAGGCGUUGAAGAAGCAGCUUAGUGACGCUGAAUGGGCUAAACUGUCGGAGCAAGAAAGGCAAGCGAGGCUGACCAAGCUGAAGUUGAUGGAAAGGAGGCUUAGGAAAGAAGGAAAAUAUGAUGAGGCCGCUGCACUUCUUGGUGAUAUGAUGAAAGACUCUGAUUUGCUCCAGUCACUCAUGGGAGAGAACCGUCAACGAUAUCUUGACAAAUUGCAAGAGAGGCUAAAGGCUAGAAAGAAGCGAAUUCAAGAUGGCGAAGAGGUUGAUGAAGAUGAAGAAAUUUUAAUGGAUGACGAUGAAGCAAAAACAACUGGCAAUAUACUGAAAGAUCUACAGUUGCGAUACGAGCAAGAAAAAGAAGCUCUGCUACGGAAACUCCAGGAAGGCGAAGGAAGAUUUCAAAGUGAAAGAGAGAGACAAGCAGAGCUUAUGAGGCUAAAACUUGAAAAAAGGAGAGCGGAGCGAGAAGGCAACUUUGAAAGCGCUGCUCUUGUUCUUGGCCUAGCCGAAAGAAAUCAAGCUACGAAGGAAGAACAGCUUAAAAAAGACAGAGAGAGGCAAGAACAGCUUGCUCGGGAGAGGCUGGAAGCGCGUAGGAAUGCUAGAAAGAAGAAAGGGAAGAUAGAGGAGGAACCAGAACCCGAUAAAGAUGAUAUCCUUGGGUGGCAAGACAGUGUAAUGAGAGAACUCGAAAAGAGGCAUGCCCAGGAAAGAGAUUUCUUCGUUGACCUUUUAAAAGAUCCAGACAUGGAGGACUUGAGAGAUGAAGCGAAGUCGAUGUCUGAAGACGAUAGACACAAGAGAAUAGCUCAACUAAAGGAUAAAAGAGAGGAACUGGAUUUUGAGGACAGUUCUGAUCAAGAAGAGCACGGAGCUAUUUUAGAAAUGGCUGCUUCAGUAAAGAUGGCUAUUAGACAACUGGCAUUAGCUAAAAAACAAGGAAAAGAAGCGGAAGUUGAAAACAUUGAUGUUGAUGACGUCAUAGUGUCACUGAUGGCUGACUUACAGCAGGUGCAAGACAAAGAGAGCGAGGCAAUGCUAGAGAAAGUCCAAGAAAAGCCUCAAGAAGAGCUUGCAGAGUUACGCAUCCGGCAGAUUAAUCGGAGGCGAUACGAGGAGCUAUCGAAUGUUGCUGAAGUUGUCUUCUCGUACGAAGGGGCUGGCACAGAUCAAGAAAUCACAAAAGCUCUUGACAAGAAGUAUGACACACUUCUUGAUAAGCUUAUUUUGGAUUCACUUAAAAAACAACUUGGGGCUGCAGAAUGGGCGGCUUUGUCUGAGAAGGAGCGACAAGCAGAGCUCCUUCGCAGAAGGCUGGAGCAGAAGCGGCUUUUACGCGAAGGGAAGCUAGAAGAAGCCGCUAGAGUUCUCGGGGAAGGCUUCGCAGCGGAUGCGAAUUUAAAGAAGCUGAUGGGCCAGAAUCGCGCUCGAUAUGAAGAAAUGAUGAAAGAAAAAUUGGCAAGGAGACGGGAAAGAAUUAAAAUGGGCCUGCAGGCUGACGACGAGGAAGAAGAUGAUGAGCUUCUGGCAGAGUUUGAAGAAGGCGGAGAAGAAGGAACGGUUGACGCCAAAAGCCUACUUGAGGAUUUACAGAAAAGGUACGAAGAUGAGAAAGAAGCCUUGAUGGCCAAACUUAAGGGUGCAGAUGCACGCUUUCUGAGCGAAAAAGAGAGACAGGCCGAACUGACCAGAUUGAAAAGGGAGCAGCGGAAAGCACAGCAGGAGGAGAAAUUCGGGGCUGCUGCUUUGGUUCUAGGGCUAGCUGAGCGGAACCAGGCCGCGGUUGAGAACCGUUUAAAAACAGACCGUGCCCGGCAGGAGCAGCUUGCGCGGGAGCGACUUGAGAGGAUGAAAGAAAAACGCAAGGCAAAAGUCCAGAAGGUUGAGCUUGUAACGGAUGGCAAUGAAGUCAAAUUACGAGAUGCGUUGUUACAACACAUCGAGCACCGGCAUUCUCUUGAGCGAGAGGCUUUGUUGGAACUUUUACAAUAUGAAGAUGCAUCAGUUUUUGAAAGAGCCCAGUGCAUGACGAUGGGAAAUCGUGAAGAGCGUUUAAAGGAACUUGCUGAAAAGAUUACGACUAUCGAAGAAACAGUUGAUCGCGAACAAUGGACGAAAAUUCUUCAAGAAAUGACAAUGCUUAAAAUUGUCAAUCGCUCAUCUAAACUCAAAUCAAACGAUAGCAAAGAAGCAUCGAAGAAUGAUGUAAUAAUUUCCAUAAUUGCUGAUUUGCAGCAAUAUCAAGACAAAGAAAGUGAUCUGAGGAUGAAACAAAUGAAUGAAAUGGGCAAGGAGCAGUUGAUUAAUGAACAGAAACAUGAAAUGGAAGUACGGGAAACAGAGAAAUGGCCUAACAUAACAAUAACUGUAUCAGCACCCGAGGACACUGCGCAUGCGGAUGACGACGAGCUGGUGGACGCACUUAGGAGCAAAUAUGAUACUUUAAAAGAGAAGUUGAUAUAUGAGGCGUUGGAAAGAAAUAUUGGUUCUGAAGAAUGGAACAAAUUGACUGAUGAAGAAAAAUACGAGAAAAUGAUGGAAAUAAAACUAAGGAUACAGAAGUUACAAGAAGAAGGAAAAACAGAGGAAUUGCAAAAAUUGAUGGCUGAGUUGUUUCCGGAUGGUAUGGAUAUUCAAGUGCUGUUGGGGGCUAGUGUGGAGGAGCAAGAAAAGCGAAUGAAGGACCGUGAAAGGCUGAGAGAGGAGAGAAGAGCCGCUGGGAUGAGAGAGGAGGAGAUUGAAGCCCUUGAGAAGGAGGAAGACAGGGAGUUUGAAGAAGAACUGAAAAAGAAGUCAACAAAGAAUCUAUUGUUGGAUUUAGACCACAACUUUGAAGCUGAGAAAGAAGCUCUUCUUGCGACCCUUAGAGGAGCUAAUGCAAAGUUUCUUAGCGAGCGAGAGCGGCAAGCCGAGCUCGCGCGGUUAAAACGCGAGCAACGCAGAGCACGCAAAGAAGACAAAUUUGAGUCGGCAGCCCUGGUUUUAUCGGUUGCAAAAACACAGCAAGCAGAAUUAGAAAGCAAGCUCAAGAGUGACCGUGAACGGCAAGAGAAGCUUGCAAAAGCUCGUUUAUUAGCAAGGAGAAACAAGCGCAACCAGGCCAAGAAUGCAGAGGAGUCUGAAGAAAAUCUGGAAGAGAUAAAUGAUGCUAGCAAAUUGCAGGAGGUUGUCCUCAGUGAGAUGGAAAAGAAGCACACUGCUGAAAGAGAUCUACUCGUUGAAAUAUUGCAUGGAAAUUCAAAAAGUGAGUGGGAGGAAAAAGCCAAAAACAUGGAUGUCAUUUCCAAGCAAAGGAGGCUUGAUGAGUUAAAGGUACUGAGAACACAUUGGCGAGAAGCUGGCCCUGCCGAGAUGGCGGAAACCAUCGAUGAACAAAUCGACAUUUUCAAGGAAGCAGCAAGUCUGAAAUUACAGCUGCUCAUUGAUGAGUUUGGAGAAGCUGAGGGAAACGACAAGUUCGAGAACGCAUCAGUAAAGAUUCUUGCGGAUUUGCAAGAAAACCAAGACACAGAGGCCUCCUAUCUUAUGAAAGAUCUGUCUAAUAAGGCCGUUGCUACACUAAAGCAACUUUGCAAGGUGCAGAGCAUGGCUAGAAACGAGAAAUGGUACGAUAACGUGGCAGCCAGCCUUCUCGGCAUCAAGAGACAACAUGCCGGCCAAAGUGACACAUCGGGAGACGAUCUUGUAGAUGCUUUAGAUUCAAAAUACAACGAACUGAAGGAGAAGCUCUUUAUCGAAGUAUUGAAGAAGAAAUUUGGGGAAGAAGAGUGGAAUAAUAUGUCGCGCAAAGAACAGCAAGAGCAUCUGGAGAACCUUCGUGCAGAGGAUGCCAAAAUAAGAGCUGGUGAAGAACCUGGCAGCAAUGUUUUUAAUGAGAUAACGAUGAAGAAAAUGGACUCUUAUUUGGAAAAUUCGCGCCAAAAGAAAGAACAGAAGUUGAAGAAGCGCAUGGAGAGGAGGAAGAGGGCAAGAGAGUUGGGGAUUACUGAGGAAGAACUCGCAAAACAAGAAGGGGAAGAAGCUGAUGAUGAAGAGGAGAAAUCGGUGUCGACUUCCGACAUGUUGAAAGACUUGCAGAGCCAGUACGAGGCAGAGAAGGAUGCACUGCUAGCCAAUCUCAAAGGAGCCAAUGCUAAGCUGGCAAGCGAGCGAGAGAGACAACUAGCUCUUAUAAAACUACGGAGAGAAAAACAAAAGAUCAAGAGGGAAGAUAAGUUUGAUAGCGCUGCUAUUAUAUUCAACAUGGCCAAAGAAAACAAAAAGCAACAGGAAGAAAGUUAUGGAGCAGAACGAGCUAGGCAAGAACAGCUUGCCCGUGAUCGACUAGCAGCGAUACGUCAGAAAAGACAAGCAAAAUCUAAAAGUCAUGCAGAAAAAGUCCUCGAAGAGCAACAGAAAGACCUUGAAGAUGACGUCAGAAGUUCAGAUCAAAUGGAACGUGAAGGGAGCAUGGCGGUGCAGAAUUCUGUUUUGGACGAGAUGGAGAAAAAACAUCGGUCGGAGCAAGAGUCUCUCGUUGAACUUCUUUCAACUGUGGAAUCCGACGCCGAUGCUGUUGCUGCUGCAGCCUAUCUUUCUGAAGUGCAAAGGAACGAAAAAUUGGCUGAAAUACGGAAGGAGCGAGAUAAUUGGAAGAACGAGGCCGCACGUGCAGCCAACGCAGCGCCACCAGAAUCUGAACUUACUGAGGAAGAGAAGAAAGAAAAUGCGAAUCGCAUCUCCAAAAACUGGGAGGCCUACCGCAAAAUUCUCAUGGAUGGACUUGUUAUUCGAUCUGAAAAUAUCAAGCAAGAUUUGUUAGGCAGAGGAUACCCAGCAGAGAAGCUUGCCGAAGAAAUGUCAAUCAUUUUGCUUGCUGACUUACAAGAACAAACAUCGGAAACCAAUGCGAUGUGUACUGUUAUCAGUGACAAGAAACACGAUUUCUUGAUGAAGGUCAAACAAGAGCAAAGAAAGGCACGCCGCGAGGCAUGGAUGGAGAACUUAGCAAACACCAUCCUUGGGUCUGCUGCUGCUGCGCAGUCACGCAAACGGAGCACAUCUAAGCGACCAGACAUGAUUGAGAUUUCAGAAGAAACAGAGGAGCUAGAGGAACGCCUUGAGGAACAAGAAAAUAAAGAGAUGGCGGCUUUGGAAGAAGAACUGGAAAAAGAAAAAGAAAACAAGAAGAAGCAAGGCUUAUCAGAGGAUGAAAUUACGAGGGUCAUGGCUGAGCUGCAACAGCAACAAGAGGCAAAGAGAAAGGCUGUUCAGAUGUCCAUUGAAAGGCAAAGAGAGGCUGCAAAGAGAAGAAUAGAAGAGAAAAGGCGAAAACGAGACGAGAAGCAAUAUGAAGAAGAUCUCGCACUUACAAUUCUUUCUGAUGCGAACCAGAACUUCAAAAUGAUGAGAGAAAAAUCAACUCUCCAGAAAAGCAAGCAACAAGAUACGCUGGAAGAUCGUUUGCGGCAGCGACGAGAACAAAGGAAGAAGAAAGCUGAGGAGGAGGCGAGGGAGCAAAGAGAGGAAGAAGAGGCGGAGGAAAGAAAAUUGGAAGAAGAGAAAGAGAAGGAGAAGAAGAAGAUCAUGCCGCCACUGCCUGGCGGUGGCUUGCGGCGAGAGAAAACGGUAGUGGAACAAGCUGCAGAGAUGGAUGAUUCGGAAAAGAAUGAAAUUGUUGGUGUGCUAAUGAGGGAGCAAACAAGUUUGGCGAUGAGGCUUAAUCGUGAACAGACACGACAAGAAGAAAUGGUGAAAGCUCUCCGCUCAAAGCGACGCCAAAAGCAAGAACAAAGGGAACAAGAAGCGGCAAAGAUCUUAGGUAUUGGUGAAAGACAGAAAACCAUAGUUGCUGCACAGGCAAAGAAUGAAAGAGAACGACAGAUCCAGUCAAUAAAAGACAGGGUUAAACGAAUUAAGUAUGAAAGAACAAUGACUGUGAAGGAGCCCGAGGACCAGACAGCAGCCGGAUUUGAGAGUCUGUUAGAUGAGGAAGAGAUUGAAGGGCUGACAGAGGAUGAGAAGAUGGCUCGGAUCGCAAAGAAGAUGGAAAUGAAAUUUAAAGAAGAAGGAAACCAGCCAGCCGAAUCUAAGCAAAUGGAAUUUGAUGAAACUGAAGAGCAAGAAGAUCAGGCAUCAGCUCCGCAAGGUGGAGGAAAGCUCGACCAAAAGAUGCAAAUCCAAAAACUGAAAGAUCGACAGAAAGAGAAAAAGAAACUUAGAAAGAAUAAAACUGGUGGUAUUGCAGAGACUGAUGCACAAGAGCUCAGAGAACAAGAGCAAGAGACAACAUAAUCAUGAACAUAAACAUAAGGUGUACAGUUUUUAUACAGCCUGUAUAGCAGACAGUUAGAAACAGACCUUUGUGACAUUGAAACCUGAAGGUAAAGGCAUCUAGAUGCUGGUAUAUAAAGGUAGAUAACCUAAUGACAGGGCUGUCAAGAGGAAGCUUGGGCCCAGGGGCUAUUCAUAUUUCACAAAACUGGACCCCUUUAAGAAAAUUUCAUGUGGCCAUGCCCUUCAGUCUCCUGGAGAACAAGGGAAAUACCCUUUUUAGGUACAAUUGUUGAAAAAGUUUUUUAAGGAUUUUUACAAGAAUGUGCAAAUCAAGGACAUGUGGGCAAAUCAAGGACAUGUGGGCUUGCAUCAAUCAAGGACAUGUGGGCUUUUCUCUGCAAUAAACUUCAGGACAUUGAUUCCAUAUAAAUAGCUGAAAUAGUAGCUUUUUUGCAUUGUAAAUACAUCUUAUUACUUUAUUACGGGCCCAUCAGAGCACGGGCCCCAAAACUUUUGCCCUUUUCUAACCACCCCCCCCCUCCUUGCCCCUGCCUAAUGAUAUCAGUGCAAAGUUUAUUGGUGAUCAAAUAAGACCUAUUGUAAAAACUUAUUUGUCAAUAUAUUUCCAGAAAAUUUAAAAAACAAGCAAUUACAGAGGUCCCCCUUGUUUGCUCACUUGACUAGUUUGCAGGAGCUCCACUCUCAUGAACUAUCCACCAGCUUCAUUAACAAUACCACACUUGAAGAACUAUCAUCCAGCUUUAUCAGACCUUGGAGUGUAUGGAUCAACCUGAACCAGCAUUGUGACAUGGCUGCUAGAUGAUUUCAUUUACCAAAUAAUGCUUUCUAAAAAAUUAUUAAUUCUUUGAAACAAUUGUUUAGCUAUACUUUCUAAAUUCAAGAUAUGAAAGAGCCAAAGUCUGGUUACCCAGACACCAUACUUUUUUACAUUUCUUUAACUGUCUGUAAUGCAAGCUGUAUCUUUCCUAUUUUGGGCUGGUUACCAAACUUCUUUUGUAAAUAAUUAUCAGCAAGUUUGUUAAAUGUACAUUGCGUCCUAGGAUGAACUUAACUUAUUUUGAUUGCAUUAAAACUUUGAGUGCUCA